AUGUCAGGUGCUUCCGCCGCCCCGGCACCCAUGCCUCCGGGCAGACCCAUCGCAGUUCCCGUAGAGUCUUCCACAUGGGAUCGCAUCACCAACUGGGCCGCCGAGAACAAGGCCCUCGUCUACACCAUUGCUGGUGUUACCCUCGUAGCCACUGGUGCCGGUGUUGUAUACUACCUCAACAGCGAUUCCAAGCCCAAGACCACACAACCAAAGAUCAGCAAGAAGGAGAAGAGGAAACGGAAAGAGGCCGAGCGCCAGGCAGAGGCCCAAAAGGCCGCUGAGGCUGCUCCCGAGAAGCCCAAGGCCGCAGUCGUGGAAUCCGCCGACGAGCUGCCCGAAAUCACCGCAGAACUCGCCGCGACUCUCUCCGAUGAGAAGCGCAAGGAGUACGCAUUACAGCUCAAGAAUGCCGGCAACCAGGCCUACGGUAGCAAGGACUACAACAAGGCCAUCGGCCUCUACUCUCAGGCUAUUCUGUGCAAGCCUGACCCCAUCUUCUACUCCAACCGUGCUGCUUGCUACAAUGCCUUGAGCGUCUGGGAUAACGUCGUUGAGGACACCACUGCCGCCAUUAACCUUGACCCCACCUACGUCAAGGCUCUGAACCGACGCGCCAAUGCUUACGAGCACCUCGAACAGUACAGCGAGGCUCUCCUGGACUUCACUGCUAGCUGCAUCAUCGAUGAGUUCAAGAACGAGUCCAGCGCUAACUCCGUUGAGCGACUCUUGAAGAAGGUCGCCGAGGUCAAGGCCGACGAUAUCAUCAAGUCCAAGAACCCCAACAAGCUUCCUAGCCCGACCUUUGUCGCCAACUACAUCCAGAGCUUCCGCGCCAAGGACCGCCCUGCUGGUUUGGAAGACUCCAACGAGCUGGACCUGAACACCGGAAAGGGACAGCUCCAGGCGGGUCUGAGAGCAAUGGAGCGCAAGACGCACGAGGGUUACGAGGAGGCUGCCACUGCCUUUGAGAAGGCAUUGGAGCUGGGCGACCUCGGCGAGUUCGAGGCUCUCGCCUACAACAUGCGCGGUACCUUUAGAUGCCUCAAGGGCAACCAGGAGCAGGCACUGGCCGAUAUGGAUAAGAGCAUUGAGAUUGACCCGUCGUUGACUCAGAGUUACGUCAAACGUGCAAGCAUGCGCCUUGAGAGAGGCGAGCGGGCUGAGGCUGCUGACGAUCUUGAGAAGGCCGUUCAACAGAACGACCAGGAUCCCGAUAUCUACUACCACCGCGCGCAACUGCACUUUAUCCACGGCGAGUUCCAAGAGGCCGCCAAGGAUUACCAAAAGUCCAUCGAUCUCGAUACCACCUUCAUCUUCUCUCACAUUCAGCUUGGUGUCACCCAGUACAAGAUGGGCUCGAUAGCGUCCUCCAUGGCCACCUUCAGAAGGUGUGUCAAGAACUUUGACAAGGUGCCGGAUGUCUACAACUACUACGGUGAGCUGCUGCUCGACCAGGGCAAGUUCGAGGAGGCUAUCCAGAAGUUUGAUACCGCUAUGGAGAUGGAGAAGCAAACCAAGCCUAUGGCCAUGAACGUGCUGCCUCUCAUCAACAAGGCUCUCGCUCUGUUCCAACAGAAGCAAGAGUUUACCGAGGCUGAGAAGCUGUGCGAAAAGGCCUUGAUUAUUGAUCCCGAGUGCGAUAUUGCUGUUGCCACCAUGGCUCAGCUCCUUUUGCAACAAGGAAAGGUCAUUGACGCCCUGAAGUACUUUGAGCGUGCUGCCGAGCUGGCCAGAACACCCGGAGAGAUUGUCAAUGCCUUGUCCUAUGCCGAGGCUACACGUACGCAACUCCAAGUCCAAGAGAAGUAUCCCCAGCUGGCUGCCAAGCUGUCUGCCGGUAUGGGAGGUGGUUUCCCUGGUCGAUAG